AUGUAUGUACUCAGUAUACUCAUUUUCGUCACGUGGUUGGGCGUUGGGCGUUGGCCCAGCGCCUGGGCGUCCAACUUUGAGGGCCCCUAUUGUCACGCUGCACAGCCACGACUUAAGAUUCGGGUGUGGAUUAGCCUGAAAGGAUCUCAGCAAGAAGGCUUAGCCGUUGCAACGCAAAUGUUACGAAAAGGUCCUAUCGAGUCUCGACAGCUUGACACAGACGGGCUGGUCACCAGUCUAGGUCUAAUUGAUCCCAUAUCACAUCCUAAAAAAAUGCUGCGCCUGUUACUUAAUAGUGGCACUCAGCUGGUUCGCAAGCCGGUGGAUGUGCAUACCUUACUAUACGCGAAUGUAUUCACCGUCACCGUGGGUCUUGUCACGGUAGCGUCAGAUUUUAUCGUUUUCCUGGUGGGAAAGCGCUCCUUCACAAGCGCUAGAGAAGGGCGAGAACCGAAGUAUUUCGGAACGGUAACAGGUCGAGCGGUCGACUACCAAUCAGUGGCGUUGGGUGCUCGUCAAGGCUGUCAUACUAAUUGCUCGGACUCUGUUGCGGAGGCGCAGAUUGACGAUUUAGUACUGGCUCAACAGGGCCUAUCUUCAGAACCCAUCUCUGCUUGUGCUGUCAUCCAGGAUACUCUUGGUGUUGAAGGGGCUGGUGUCGUGGCUGCUGAUACUGCACUCAUGAUGUACAGCGAGGUGACGGACAUGGACUGGUUGCUGCGGGAGACAAUGUGA